AUGAACCGCUCCCUGCUUCUCUGUCGCCGUGAUCUGCCUAUACCACGCCCAUCACAGCCACCUCCACCAAUCAGCGCGCACCCUGGCCAAAGGUUGCCUUUUAUGGAGCGCGGCUGCAGAACCGGCUGCUAUAAAUACUGUGCACGAGCAUUCAGCCAUCGCAGUCUUGCUCACGCGCUGAACUCAACAGUCGUCGUUCGCCAAGUAGCGAAAGAACCCACCCACAAAGAAAAUGGAGGAUGA